AUGGCAGAAGCAUCAGUGUUUGAGCAGGCACAGGUUGCCGUAGAAUACCUCAGGCCUCAGCUUCCCGAACCUCUCCAGAAACCUCGAAUUGCCAUCAUCUGUGGCUCUGGUCUUGGAGGUCUCGCUAAUACCAUAGAUGCAAAGACGAAAUGUGAAUUUGACUAUGGCUCGAUUCCGAACUUCCCUACUUCCUCAGCCGCCCUCCUUUCAGAUGCCUUGGUCUUACAAUAUGAUAUGUAUCUAGUUCCGGGCCAUUUGGGAAAACUUGUCUUCGGAUUCAUGGGAUCUGAUAUUCCCGCUGUGUUGAUGGUUGGGAGAGCCCAUUUCUACGAGGGCCAUUCUAUGCAGAAAAUUACGUUGCCAGUACGGAUGUUUAAGCUCCUUGGAGUUGAGACAGUGGUUGUAACAAAUGCAUGCGGCGGACUGAACCCCGACUAUGCUGUGGGAGACGUGGUCGUGCUUAACGAUCAUUUAUUCCUCGCCGGAGUUUCAGGGGCACACCCCCUGCGUGGGCCAAAUGCCGAGGAGUUUGGAGUUCGAUUUCCACCACUUUCCGAUGCAUAUGAUUUAGAACUGCGCCGAACAGCACAUCGAGCCUGGAAGAAAGUGGUGCCCGCAGAGUCGAAGCGACGCAUCCAUGAAGGAGUAUAUGCAUUCUGUUCUGGCCCAAGCUUUGAAACUCGCGCGGAGUGUCGGAUGAUGAGGAUGUUGGGCGCCGAUACGGUUGGCAUGUCGACUGUUCCGGAGAUCAUUGUGGCACGGCAUUGCGGGAUGAGGGUGCUCGCCCUAAGCCUUGUCACGAAUAACUGCGUUCUGUCACCGGCGCCUCGUGGAGAUGACCGUCUGCUUCAAAACUCGACGGCGAAGGAGCUCAACACUAUAGUUGAUGAAGGCAAGGCCAACCAUGAAGAAGUGCUGGAAACCGGCCGAGAGGCAGCGUCAGACAUGCAGAAACUGGUCUCACAGGCGGUUGUGGACAUGUUUGCUUGCUGA